CGACGGACCUGGUGUCCUCGCCAACGUGUCCCGGCUGGGUUGGGUGGGGAGUCCUGCCGGCAAGGCAGUAGGAUGUUCCCAUCCCGGCGCAAGUCUACUAUGUAUCGCCGCGGGUCCUGUCGGCUGUUUGGUAUCCUACCCCGGAAAUUUUCUCUCUUUCAACUCUUUUUUGUUGCACUGUUGCUGGGUUUUCUCUCCCUGUUGUGGCUGCAGCUCAGUUGUUCAGGGGAUGUGACUAGAAAUCAAAGAGCUGCAGCUACACUGCCUCAGAAACCCUGCACAUUUGAGCCUCUACCUCAGCUUCCUGAUGACCCAUCAUGGGGACCCCACCGUCUAGCAGUGUUGGUGCCUUUCCGGGAGCGCUUUGAAGAGCUGCUGGCUUUUGUGCCUCACAUGCAUCGUUUCCUCAGCAGGAAGAAAAUUCGCCAUCAUAUCUUCAUACUCAACCAGGUGGAUCAUUACAGGUUUAACAGAGCAUCUCUGAUCAACGUGGGCUUCCUUGAAAGUGGCAAUGACACGGAUUACAUUGCCAUGCAUGAUGUGGACUUGUUACCUCUCAAUGAGGAAUUGGACUACGGCUUCCCAGCUGCAGGCCCUUUCCACGUGGCAUCGCCAGAGCUGCACCCUCUCUACCACUAUAAUACCUACGUAGGUGGCAUCUUGCUGCUCACCAAGCAGCACUAUCGAAUGUGUAAUGGAAUGUCAAACCGCUUCUGGGGCUGGGGCCGUGAGGAUGAUGAGUUUUAUCGCCGCAUCAGAGGGGCUGGACUUCAGCUGUUCCGGCCAUCAGGAAUUAAAAGUGGAUAUAAGACAUUCCAGCAUCUUCAUGACCCAGCUUGGCGCAAGAGAGACCAGAAGCGCAUUGCUUCCCAAAAGCAGGAGCAGUUCAAGGUGGAUCGUCAUGGAGGCUUAACCAACCUCCAAUACAGAGUGGAGUCACGAACUCGGUUGACUGUGGCAGAAUCUCCCUGCACAAUCCUCAACAUCUUCCUAGAAUGCGACACUAGUGAGACUCCCUGGUGCACGUUUGGCUGAGCCGACUCCUGCAUAGACUCUUGCAUUGCUGCAGCAGCUGGUUACCAGAAUUGUGUCUGGACUCUCCAAAGGCAGAUCCUUCUGCAGGAGCCAGCAACAGGGCAUGGAUGCCUGUGGGUCCAAUGGUUGCAACAAAAGGUCCGAGGAUCCACAUCAGUUGACAGGUCAGAUGCAGAGCAUGGCCUCCGUGUGGAUGCAGGCAAAGUGGCAGUGAAUGCAGAGACACUGGCAAGAUUAAAUGGGCUGAGCGCCUGUUCAGAAGGAUGUUGACUUGGCAACCUACACCUCAACAUAUGGAAGAAAAUCUGAGACUAAGAGGCAGGUCAGUGACUGAAUCAUCCUGCCUAUAUCAGCCAGUACUCCAACACUAUGUGAUAACAAGGCAGUGGGACCUAUAGACUUGUUGCCCAGGCUGUUGCUUAAAGGACUUUACAGAAUCACUAUCAGGUAAACUUAUUGGAAGUUUGCUGCUCUCCUAUUUCAAAAUAUGUAUAGAGACUUGCUGUGAAGCUCUUGUGCACCCCAUCUCUUCUUAUGAGGUCUCCUCCUAAGUGGACACUUGUGCUCUGGCUCAGAGAGCAUUGUCACUAACCACCAGACCUAAACCCAUUAUGGUAAAGGGUCUUGUUAUUGGGGUCUUUGGGACUGUGAAAGCUGUUGGCUUGCUUCAAUAAAGCCAUUAAGGCGAGUGCCUCAUGAAAGGAAAUCGUGUGUGUGUGUGUGUGUGUGCACGCACACACAUAGGCAUUGCUGUAAGUAGUACAGUGGUACCUCUGGUUACGAACUUAAUUCUUUACGGGGGUCUGUUCUUAAGCCAAAACCACUCAUAAAAUGAGGUGUGCUUUCGCUAAUGGCGCCUCCCACUGCUGCCGCGUGACUUCCGCUCACAUCCCGGGGCAAAGUUCGCAACUGGAAGCAUCUACUUCCGGGUUAGCGGAGCUCGUAACCCGAAGCGUUUGCAAGGAGGGCGCUACGUAGCACGAGGUUCCACUGUAUCUGGCAUUUUGAUUUGCACCUUCUCACUUUUCUGGCCCAUUAAACUUUCUAAUCCAGAACCCUCAUCCAAACCCAUUCUUCAGAUCCCUGAAGGCACGCCUUAAAAUUAAAAAAACUAGCCACACAAGUAAAGAGAUAUAUUGUCUGAAUAUGAUGCAUUUGUACAAUAUGACUAUUCCAAUAAAUCUCCUUCACCAAGAGAACAAGAGACGGACCCCCAGCAUCAGGGAACCAGGCCAAAACACCUGCGAAAGAACUGAUAGCUCCUACUCAGGUGCAUGCGGCAUCUGUGGAAGUGCCUGGUCACAGAGCUGGCUGUAGCAGUGCUGGCUGUCUGCUGGAGGCUCACUGUCGACAGGUGAAGGGUCUGUGCUCGUGGAGGGAUGUCACUGGGCCCUGCAACAUGGAGAGGUGGGAGAGAUGUUUGCCAAGCCUCCAUAGAAAUGCCUGCCGCCUCCAGGUUCCUCUCCUCUUUCAGAGGCUUAGAUUUUUUCUUGAGCUGUUGAGUAAAUAUGCUGCUGAACUGUUCAAGGGUACUUGGAUGCUCAGACUGACUUGAAUUGGCUGCCAGGUUCUUAGCAUCAGGG